AUGUCCCGUCCAGUCAGGCUGCAGUCGCCUCCCCUCCUGCUAACCCUUACAUCGCCGGGGCAGCCGAGCCUUGAUGCGCCUGGUCCAAGUCUCCCAGCCCGUUCCGAGGAAAGCAGCAGAGCAGGGAGCGGCAGCAUGAAGCCGCGGGAGAUCCAAGCUUCUUGCCGACGCUGGCUCCUCGCCGCCAAGUGUUGCUGGCUCCUGGCAGUGAUGCAGAAAAGCCAAGCCCAGGAACAUGCCCAUUCCAUCCGGCUGGAAGGCGACCUCAUCCUCGGGGGUCUCUUCCCAGUCCACGCCCGGGGGUCGUCAGGGACCGCUUGCGGCGAGAUCAAGAAGGAGAAGGGUAUUCACAGGAUGGAAGCCAUGCUACACGCCGUGGACCAACUCAACCGCGACCCUGACAUCCUGACCAACAUCACUCUAGGCGUCCGCAUCCUGGACACCUGCUCCAGGGACACUUACGCCUUGGAGCAGUCUCUGACUUUCGUCCAAGCCCUAAUCGAGAAGGACGCCACCGACGUGAGAUGUGCCAGCGGUGAGCCCCCCAUUAUCGCCAAACCCGAUAAGAUCGUGGGAGUUAUAGGUGCCUCUGGAAGUUCCGUCUCCAUUAUGGUCGCCAACAUCCUAAGACUUUUUAAGAUCCCUCAGAUCAGCUAUGCGUCAACUGCUCCUGAACUGAGUGACAACAGCCGCUAUGACUUCUUCUCCCGAGUGGUUCCUCCUGACUCGUACCAAGUUCAAGCAAUGGUGGAUAUUGUUACAGCCCUUGGAUGGAAUUACGUCUCCACUCUAGCCUCAGAGGGUAACUAUGGAGAAAGCGGUGUGGAGGCAUUUAUGCAGAUCUCAAGGGAAACGGGAUCAUUCAGGAGCCACAUUUCAUUAGAUUCAACCUUCAUCUGGAGUUUUUCAUUAAUCUUAUCAAACAGAAAUGUUCUUUCAGGUAGGGUUUGCAUUGCCCAGUCACUGAAAAUCCCACGGGAGCCAAAGCCAGGAGAAUUUGACAAAAUUAUCAAGCGCUUGCUGGAGACCCCCAACGCUCGUGGAAUAAUCAUAUUUGCAAACGAAGAUGACAUCAACCGUUUGCUGGAGGCCGCCAAAAGAUCCAAUCAGACAAAGCACUUCCUCUGGGUUGCUUCUGACAGCUGGGGUUCAAAGAUCGCGCCCGUCCACCUGCAAGAAGACGUUGCAGAAGGGGCUGUCACUAUCCUUCCCAAGAGAGCCUCAGUUGAAGGCUUCGACAGAUACUUCAGAAGCCGUACAUUGGAAAAUAACAGGAGGAAUGUCUGGUUUGCCGAGUUCUGGGAGGAAAACUUCAAUUGCAAAUUAAGUUGGCAUGGGAAGCGGAAUAGCAAGGUCAAGAAAUGCACAGGGCUGGAAAGAAUCGGAAGAGACUCCUCGUAUGAACAGGAGGGAAAAGUACAGUUUGUCAUUGAUGCUGUGUACUCCAUGGCACACGCACUGCACAAUAUGCACAAAGAAUUGUGCCCUGGUUACAUUGGCCUCUGCCCUUCAAUGAACUCCAUAGAUGGCAAGGAACUGCUUCAGUUUAUUCGAGCUGUAAACUUCAGCGGAAGUGCUGGCACACCUGUGACAUUUAAUGAGAAUGGAGACGCACCUGGACGAUACAACAUCUAUCAAUAUCAGAUUGCCAAUUUGUCCUCUCAUGGGUAUAGGGUAAUCGGACAAUGGACGGACCACCUUCAUUUGAAUGUGAAGGACAUGCAGUGGGGCAGCGGAGGACCCGCCAUUCCACAGUCAGUCUGCAGUCAGCCAUGUAAGGCCGGUGAGAGGAAGAAGACGGUGAAGGGCGUGCCGUGCUGCUGGCACUGCGAGCGCUGUGAGGGCUACCAGUACCAGAUCGAUGAAUCAACCUGUCAGAUGUGUCCGUUCAACAGGAAGCCCAAUGCAAAUGGCACAGACUGUCAGCUUAUCCCCAUAAUCAAGCUAGAGUGGCAUUCUCCUUGGGCAAUCGUACCUGUCUUCAUCGCUAUGUUGGGAAUCAUAGCCACCACAUUUGUCAUAACAACCUUUAUUCGUUAUAACGACACACCGAUAGUGAGGGCAUCUGGCAGGGAGCUAAGCUAUGUCUUGCUGACUGGGAUAUUCUUGUGCUAUGCUGUAACCUUCCUAAUGAUUGCAACUCCCGACAUAGUGCUCUGUUCCUUCCGGCGAAUCUUCUUAGGGCUGGGUAUGUGCAUUAGCUAUGCAGCCCUGCUCACCAAGACUAACAGAAUUCACAGAAUAUUUGAGCAAGGUAAGACAUCUGUCUCUGCUCCCAAGUUUAUCAGCCCGGCUUCCCAGCUGGUAAUCACUUUUAGCCUCAUCUCUCUGCAGCUCCUGGGAGUCUUUAUCUGGUUUGCUGUUGAUCCUCCGCAUACCAUUGUGGACUAUGGGGAGCAGCGAACAGUUGACCCAGAAAAUGCCAGGGGCGUUCUCAAGUGUGACAUUUCUGACCUUUCUCUCAUCUGUUCUCUGGGAUACAGCAUUCUGCUGAUGGUCACGUGUACUGUGUAUGCAAUUAAAACCAGAGGGGUUCCAGAGACUUUCAAUGAAGCCAAACCCAUUGGGUUUACCAUGUACACCACCUGCAUCAUUUGGUUAGCUUUUAUUCCAAUAUUUUUUGGCACAGCCCAGUCCGCAGAAAGGAUGUACAUUCAGACAACAACCCUUACUAUUUCCAUGAGUUUAAGUGCUUCAGUAUCCCUAGGCAUGCUGUACAUGCCUAAGGUGUACAUUAUCAUCUUCCAUCCAGAACAGAACGUGCAAAAACGCAAGCGUAGCUUCAAGGCAGUGGUGACGGCAGCCACAAUGUCAAGCAAACUGUCACAAAAAGCAAGUGACAGACCAAAUGGAGAGGUCAAAACUGAACUCUGUGAAAGCCUAGAAACAAACACUUCUUCUACCAAGACUACAUAUAUCAGCUACAGCAACCAUGCAAACUGACUUGAUCGGUGAAGAGCCUGCAGUAGUCCAACAGGACUGCAUGUGUGAAAAUGACCCUCGUGUCCCAUCAUUUGGAAAGCGCUCUGGAGAGUACGGCCUGCCGGUGGCAGAAGGAAGAGCAGCCCCCAGCUCGGCAGAGUGAGAUGGCCCCCUGUGUAUUCCAAGACACGGGCUCCAGUGACAAGGAAGACACACAUGGGUCAUCGUGCGCUUGACAGUUUUGUCAGCAAGGAUUGUGAGCCAGAGUGAACCCAUGCCUGUUGUUCUAAUUGUAAGUUUUGUGAUUGUGCAAAUUCUUUCCUAGUUCCACUUAGUUCUGAGAGGCUCCUGUGCCCUGAGUAAUGCAAUAAACAGGGCAUUGUAUGUACCAACCGACUGGAUCACAGCAUUGUGUGGCAUCAAAUAAAUGCAAGGGUCAAAGCAUGUCAGCAUUUUAUAUGAUGGAUUUAUUUGUAAUAAAGGAAUGUUUUGCAAAAUUCAAAGAUAUUUUGGUUUGCGGGUUCAAGUGUGAUUUUUUUUUAAUUUUGUGCGUAUAACAUGUUUGCUUUCCCUAGAAUGAUGGAAAACCCCACUUGCAUUUCCUUCCAUUACCUCACCAACCAGAGUGACUGGACUCUGUCCAGGUGGACCCUGGGCACACAGCCUGGCAACACGAGACAGUCCUUCAGCCCUUUAAGCCUGCACCACUGUCAAUCAGGUCGUGACAGGUCUUAGGUUGGGAAAGUAUUAAACUGUUCAAACUCUGUAAAACUAAGUUUUAUCACGCUUACUGUUAUGUAUAUUUACAUAAAUAUGAAAAACAAUGUUAUUUUAGUUGAAAGUUACUGAGGGGCCUGGAGACAUUUAAUUUAUACAUUCUCUACUUGCUCA